UACAUGGGGAGCCGCCUCACGGCACUCCAAAACACUAGUACUCUAAUAUCAAGUCCUACUAGAACAUGAAUCCUCAAGUCUACUCGACACCCUCGAAACUGAGGCCAGUACUACUAGUCUUGACAUUGAUAUUGACGACCAGAGAGCACGAUGCAGCCUGUCGCCGCGUGCCAGCUUUUGGUGUCAUUCGACCGGAUGAUAUCAGGACAUGCAUGAUGCACGACGGCUUGAAUUUAGUUCUUUGCAGAUCGUUGUGUCAAGAUACAACUAUCGACAUCACUCUCGUACGUACUCUUCCUUUCCUUUUACAUAUGCAAUCACUCUUCACUACAUGCCUGAUACACGUUCCCCUUUGAUUCUCCGUCUCAAUCAUGGUAUUAAAGACCUCUCCUCGUCGAAUAUAGUUCUCUAGUCGUUUCACUGAAUCUAAAGCCUUCGUUCUCGUUCGUCGUUCCUAGUCCGAGCCUCUCUGAUU